UUACCGCCCUCUGCAGACCAGUCCCGAAACUGCUCCAGGCGGAGCUUCCUUGCAGUCCAUUGGAAUUCCGUUUUCUUCAGAUUGCAGGAGAGAAGCAAGCAGCUCGGAGAACGAGCAGAUGUGAGCUGGAUUACACAGAGAAGAACCAGCGGCAGUAGAAACGGAAGCCUUUGAUUCUACUACUAUGUGGCAGCCCGCGACAGAGCGAUUGCAGCACUUUCAGACGAUGCUGAAGACCAAGCUGAAUGUGCUGACACUGAGGAAGGAGCCGCUGCCCACAGUGUUCUUCCAUGAGCCGGAGGCCAUCGAGCUGUGCUCCACCACGCCACUCAUGAAGAAAAGCUCUCACAAUGGCUACAAGGUGACCUACCUAGGCAAGGUAACCAUCUCAGGCACCCAGUUCCGGUCGGGUUGCACCGAGUCCGCCGUGAUGGGCCUGUGGGACCGCCGGGCACUGGCCCGAGAGGACCGCCUCCCUGCCAGGUCCGUCCUGGAGAUCCGUCCGUUCCAGGUGCGCCUGCAUCACCUGGAUGGGCGCGGAGAGGCCUCCGUCACCGUGGACACGUACCAGGUGGCGCGCAUCGCCUACUGCACGGCGGACCACUGCGCCAGUCCAAACGUGUUCGCCUGGAUCUACCGGGAGAUCAACGACGACCUGACCUUCCAGAUGGACUGCCACGCUGUGGAGUGCGAGAGCAAGCUGGAGGCCAAGAAGCUGGCUCACUCCAUGAUGGAGGCCUUCCGGAAGACCUUCCACAGCAUGCGGAGUGACGGACGCAUCCACAAGAGUGGCUCCUCGGAUGAGUUUGCCACCGAUGACUCCGCCCCAGACGACUCCACCCCCGAGGAGGACGGCUGAGCGUCUGGCGCGCCGAGGCCCGACCGGGGGCCGCGGGCAGUACUGGAGCGUUCUCUCUCUACUCUCAGUCUCUCUUUCUCUCUCUCUCUCUCUCUCUAUUUGGGUUUAUGAAAAAACACGGAAAGAAAAAACUGAUCGACACGCAACGCCAAACGCCGACUUAAAUGAUUACGAGGAUGUAGUUUUAAGAAGAAAAAAAUAUAUAGAAGGAGAAAUGAACAACAAGAGACCUAACAUACAGGGACACUAAACUUGCGCUGCCUCUUUGGAUAAACCAGUCCUCAAACCUCCGCAUAGGCCCUGAAGCUCCUGAUCCGCCCACAGGAGUUGAAUAUGGUUAGACAGAGUCAUUCCCAUUCAAUGCUGCUGUGUGUUCGUCUGUCCAUCUGUAAUGUGUAGGGAGACUCCACCUCUCUACACCACCUCUCUGCCCUGCACCACCCCUUAUUGGCCACUCAAAAGUCCAGAUACAUUCCUAUUGUUCUGACUUCAAAACAAAAGGUAUGCGUUCAGUUUGAUGAAAUGCUUGCUACGUGGCGGAACGGUUUGUCCUGUCGUUGAACAGACUUUGAGGUACAUUUUCUUGGUUUGUAGAGUUCUGGCGGGUUGUGGCUUGAAGCCAUGAGUAACACAUUUAAGGUGUAACGGUCAUUUUGUACCCAAAACACAACCCCUCCCCAUUCCUAGCUGGUCGUUCAGAACUGCACCGUUUCCGUAAAUUGAACUUGAACAUUCUACUGCGUUCUAUACAUACUAAACGUAGACGAGAACCGUACACUAACGAGAUAGGCCUUUAGCACUGCUAAAUAUGUGGUUUAAAAAAGAAACCUUUGACUCAAAUAUACGUGCAGAAGGCUAUCAGUGGGAGGGAGACUGACAUUUAUCAGGCCACAUUUUGAUUCCUGUUUGUAAGCAUACCCAAAGUGAGACUUUCAGCUCGGUCUUGUGUGGCAACUCUGUGCCUCACCUAUCACACACCAGCGCUGGUCUCACACACACACACACACACACACACACAGAAUUGAACGUGUGCCUCUAAUGGCAUGCAUGCGUGUGCACAUAAUUGUGUGUGUGUGUGUGUGUGUGUAAUUGUGCACGUGUGUUUGGAAUGUGUGAUGUAAGAAAGAGGAUUGUUAGGAGAGAGAACCUGACCAGUAAGACCUAAUAAUUCAGCUAGCAGUGUAAAACAUCUCACAGCCUUUCCAGCAACACAUUUUGGGAAGUUCUGCCGGGCUUUUUCGAUUGAAAGAAUACUGUGACCAUUUGCCAGUUAUUUCGCUUCUCUUUUUUAUGAAAGGAGUACGUUAAUAUCAUUCACAGAAAACAAUGUUCUCGGACCCAGCGAUCCCACAGAAUGCCUGUAGUCUCUUGGCAUGUGUUGAACAUACAGUGUGGGAUGUCUUUUGUGCUACAAGCUCCUUUCACCUCUUAUUCACAAUUUUAAUUUCUUCUAUUUUGUUAAAUGGCAGAUAGGAAAUGUGGACUGUGGUUAGUGAGAGCGGUGUUCUGUAAAGACAGACACUAAGAAAAAGAUACAGUCCAUUGGGUUGGGAGUGUUUUGAGUCCGUGAACAGACACACACACACACACAUACACACACACACAGCUCAGUUUCCCUGUGCUCUCCAAAGGUACGAGCAGCCAUGUUUAGUCCCCACUGGAAUCCCCCCCAACACCACAACGGAGCCCCACCCCCUUUUCUAACAGGACUCGUUUGAAUAGACUGGAUGCUGUUCACUCACAGUGGGGUGGGUCAUGAAUUUCGUCUGUGUGUGACUGAAUCAGAUUCUAUUAAGAGGAUUCUGAUCAGUAAAUAUAUACAUUGUAUUUGAGACUCAUUCAAUAAGCUUAUGUAAAUACAAAGUAGAUGUAUCAGUUACCAAAUAUUACAGCAGUAAAUGUUGAUAGCUAUUUUAAAUAAACAACAACGACAUCUUAAAGACGGCAGCAGUGUUUUAAAGUGAACUGUGAAUAUGUAUUCCCACAGAAGAGGGUGUGUGCCCAGGACAAAGGGCCUGAAAUGCCAGGAUGAAAGGAGCGGAGAAUGUUUAUGGAGCUAUAGAUUACUGUGUCAUGUUUUAUCUGAAGGCUCAGACCCGCUUUAAAUGUCACAAAAUGUUACCGUAAGUGUUUUCUAUACAGUAUUUGCAAAGAUAAAUCACAUAUAAACUAUUUACCAAGACUG